CUUCGCCCCUCUCUGCGAAAAAUCGAUGAGACGCAGGGCCAAGUUGAAGCGAUGGCGGCCUAUCCCGAGAGCUGCGUGGACGCCUCUGUGCUGGACUUCGUCGCAGACCUGUCCCUGGCCUCCCCGAGGCACCCUCUCCUUUGCGACUUUUCGCCCGGCGUCCCCUUUGGGGACCCGGCACUUGAGCUCCGAGAGGGAAGGCCCAGGAGGCUGGCGCAGUUUGAGGAGGGGACCCCGGAAGAAGAGGAUUGCGAAGUAGAUGAAGGGGAUGGGGACGAAGAGGAGGAGGAAGAGGAGGGACGCGGGAGAGGACCCUCGAUACUAGGCCGCCCCAAGAGGAAAAGGGUGAUCACCUAUGCCCAGCGCCAGGCCGCCAACAUCCGCGAGAGAAAGCGGAUGUUCAACCUCAAUGAAGCCUUUGACCAGCUGCGGAGGAAGGUGCCCACUUUUGCUUACGAGAAGAGGCUGUCUCGGAUCGAGACCCUACGCCUGGCCAUCGUCUACAUCUCCUUCAUGACUGAGCUCUUGGAGAGCUGCGAGAAGAAGGAAACCGGCUGAGCCGGGUGGGAUGGGGGUCAUCCGCCCCCUCCUCGCCUGAGCGCGCGUGGGUCUGGGGUGUUUCAGGACCUAGCAGUGAGUGUCGCUGAAA